AUGAUUGACGGAAAACUGACUGCAACUCGCCACCGACCAUGGCAAAUCAAAAAUAAUGAACCAAUAAUUAAUUUCAGUGGUUGCCGCCCCAGAUUUUGGCGGUUUUCUGAUCUAGGGUUUUAUUUUGCGAUCUCCUUUUAUCGAGGGAUUGGCAGAAGGGGGAGAAUGGCGAAUCAAUACGCAUCUCAGGUCACCGCGACUCAGGUUGGUUCAUACUUUGUUCAGCAAUACUAUCAGGUGUUUCAGCAGCAGCGGGAUUACGUGCAUCAGUUCUACAAUGAGUCGAGCACCAUGCUUAGAGUUGAUGGCGAAAUCAGCCAUUCAGCGUCCGAUAUGGUGAAAAUUCAUCAACUGCUCAUGUCACUCAAUUUCACUGGUAUUGAGAUCAAGACAAUUAAUUCCCUUGAAUCAUGGAAUCGUGGCGUUCUUGUGGUUGUUACUGGCUCCGUCAAGUUGAUAGAUUUCAAUUAUUGGAGGACAUUCGUGCAGACCUUUUUCCUUGCUCCACAAGAGAAAGGUUAUUUUGUUCUCAAUGAUAUGUUCCAUUUUGCUGAUAAUGAAGUGGCACACCAAUCUUCAUCUCAAGUACCAACACAGGAACGGAAUGUUGAUUAUCACCCGACUAUUUCUACUCAUCAUCCUGAUCCACCCGUGUCUGCCUAUGCACUGGAGGAGGAGGCAGCAGAAUAUGUUCACUCUGUUCAUAUUGACAGAGAUGAGCCAGUUCAGGAUUUUGCUUAUCAAGAGCAUCUUCAGCCGGAAGCCGAGCACGAGAUGCAGCCUGAGCUUGAGCCCGAGUUGGAGUCUGAGGCUGACAGACUUGAUGAUGGAACUCCUUAUGAAGAACCUAAUCCGUUGCUUCAAAAUACAGUAACUACUGUGCAAGAACCUCACCUUUCUGUCGAGGAAUCUAUUGGAGAACCCGAGAAGCUGACCUAUGCUUCUAUACUGAGGGCUAAAGGAAAAUCUCCACCAUCAUUAAGUUCUCAGCCAGCUUUCACUCAGAGACCACCUGUUACAGAUUGGAACCAUGUGUCCAAACCUUUGCAGCAACACUCAACCCCAAAUCCAACGAAUUUUGGUUCGGAUGUCAGGGAAGAUGCAUUGUCAUCACAUGAGGGAGAACCGAAAUCUGUCUAUGUGAGGAACUUGCCUUCUACCAUCACAAGUAUGGAUAUUCAGCAAGAAUUUGAGAAUUUUGGGAGAAUCACGUAUGAUGGAGUCUUCUUGAGGAAUCGUGCGGAUACUGGUGUCUGCUAUGCCUUUGUCGAGUUUGAAGAUAUUCAGAGUGUUAGGAACGCACUUCAGGCUUCUCCUAUUCAAUUGGCUGGAAGGAAAGUGUACAUUGAGGAGAGGAGGCCCAACAGCGGUGCCUCUCGUGGUGGAAUGGAGGAAGAGGCAGAGGCCGUGGUGGAAGGACUUAUGGCAAGUGAACAUAACAUGACACCGAAAAAGGUAAACAAAAUUCCCGAAGGGGGGAGAAUGGCGAAUCAAUACGCAUCUCAGGUCACCGCGACUCAGGUUGGUUCAUACUUUGUUCAGCAAUACUAUCAGGUGUUUCAGCAGCAGCGGGAUUACGUGCAUCAGUUCUACAAUGAGUCGAGCACCAUGCUUAGAGUUGAUGGCGAAAUCAACCAUUCAGCGUCUGAUAUGGUGAAAAUUCAUCAACUGCUCAUGUCACUCAAUUUCACUGGUAUUGAGAUCAAGACAAUUAAUUCCCUUGAAUCAUGGAAUCGCGGCGUUCUUGUGGUUGUUACUGGCUCCGUCAAGUCAAUAGAUUUCAAUUAUUGGAGGACAUUCGUGCAGACCUUUUUCCUUGCUCCACAAGAGAAAGGUUAUUUUGUUCUGAAUGAUAUGUUCCAUUUUGCUGAUAAUGAAGUGGCACACCAAUCUUCAUCUCAAGUAUCAACACAGGAACGGAAUGUUGAUUAUCACCCGCCUAUUUCUACUCAUCAUCCUGAUCCACCCGUGUCGGACUAUGCACUAGAGGACGAGGCAGCAGAAUAUGUUCACUCUGUUCAUAUUGACAGAGAUGAGCCAGUUCAGGAUUUUGCUUAUCAAGAGCAUCUUCAUCCGGAAGCCGAGCACGAGAUACAGCCUGAGCUUGAGCCCGAGUUGGAGUCUGAGGCUGAUAGACUUGUUGAGGGAACUCCUUAUGAAGAACCUAGUCAGUUGCUUAAAAAUGCAGUAACUACUGUGCAAGAACCUCACCUUUCUGUCGAGGAAUCUAUUGGAGAACCCGAGAAGCUGACCUAUGCUUCUAUACUGAGGGCUAAAGGAAAAUCUCCACCAUCAUUAAGUUCUCAGCCAGCUUCCACUCAUAGACCGCCUGUUGCAGAUUGGAACCAUGUGUCCAAACCUUUGCAGCAACACUCAACCCCAAAUGCAACGAAUUCUGAUUCAGAUGUCAGGGAAGAUGCAUUGUCAUCACAUGAGGGAGAACCGAAAUCUGUCUAUGUGAGGAACUUGCCUUCUACCAUCACAAGUAUGGAUAUUCAGCAAGAAUUUGAGAAUUUUGGGAGAAUCACAUAUGAUGGAGUCUUCUUGAGGAAUCGCGCGGAUACUGGUGUCUGCUAUGCCUUUGUCGAGUUUGAAGAUAUUCAGAGUGUUAGGAAUGCACUUCAGGCUUCUCCUAUUCAAUUGGCAGGAAGGAAAGUGUACAUUGAGGAGAGAAGGCCUAACAGUGGUGCCUCUCGUGGAGGAAGAAGUGGAGGAAGAGGCAGAGGCCGUGGUGGAAGGACUUAUGGCAAGUGAACAUAACAUGACACCGAAAAAGUGAAUGAGAACCAAAUGGCCUGCGUAGGCAAGUUAAUGCAACAACUCUAAUCAAAUAUCUCAGUGCCUUCCUUUCUCAUUCUGUGCCAUAAUUCCAGAAAUUCAGAGGCUUAUUAUGGUUCUCUAGUUUUGAAUCCUGACUUUUUUCUUUCAAGUGUUUGGCCCAUUUGGAAAGUCAUGGAGUGCUGUGUGGUUUUUCGGUCGGGAUUUUUCUCAAUUCUGUUUGGUAUUUGCUUUCUUUCAUCUUUUGGUUGGAUUUUUUUACAUUCCAAUCUGAUGUGGGCAAAUCUCGAUUUCGUGAUGUUUUAUGAGAAGCAUUUAUGCAUUAAUACGAACUUGGAUUGUCUGUGAACUAAUGGUCACUUUAGCUAGUCCACCAUUAAUUUGUGAUUCGAGUCUACUACGGCGGGGUUGUGGGACUCACAACUCAAAAUAUGUCUAGGUACUGAUUUUUUAUUUUUUUUUUUAAAUGCAUUUUUGCGAAACUUGACGGAU